CUCUAUAUAUAACACCACUUACAACUUCUCAUGAACAAGUAGACGAAAAAAAGCAAGACUAAUAAGCCAGAACAGAAAACAUGAACAACCAAGACGAGACCAAGGUCGAGACCGUGAGCAAGAACAGCUUCAACGACCAAGAACAAGAAGUCAAAACAGACAACAUGAGUGACCAAGACAAGAACACGAAGGAGAUCAAGAUCGAAGCCAAGAACAAGAAUGGCCUUGGCGAAACGUGGCCAGAACCCAUCGUCCGAGUCCAGUCCCUAGCCGAGAGCAACCUCAGCACCGUACCCGACCGUUACAUCAAGCCGCCAUCUCAACGCCCUCAAACCACCAUCACCAACCACCAACCGGAAGCUGCUGCCUUAAAUAUCCCGGUCAUAGACCUAGACAGCCUCUUCUUAGGCAACGAAGACGACAUGAAGAAGAUAUCGGAGGCAUGCCGUGAAUGGGGGUUCUUUCAGGUGAUCAACCAUGGGGUGAAGCCGGAGUUGAUGGACGCAGCUAGAGAAACUUGGAAAAGCUUCUUCAACUUGCCCGUGGAAGACAAAGAAGUUCACUCAAACUCCCCAAGGACCUAUGAAGGAUACGGAAGCAGAUUGGGUGUAGAGAAAGGAGCCAUUCUUGAUUGGAAUGAUUAUUACUUUCUCCAUUUUCGUCCUCUUCCUUUGAAGGAUUUCAACAAAUGGCCUUCUCUACCUUCCAACAUUAGAGAAGUGACUGAUGAGUACGGGAAGGAGCUAGUGAAGCUAGGCGGGAGACUCAUGGCGAUCUUAUCGUCAAACUUGGGGCUGAAAGAAGAACAGCUUCAAGAAGCAUUUGGUGGAGAUGGCGUUGGUGCAUGUAUGAGGGCUAACUAUUACCCAAAAUGUCCUCAACCUGAGCUUGCCCUCGGCCUCUCUCCUCAUUCCGAUCCCGGCGGCAUUACCAUCCUCUUGCCGGACGAACAAGUCACCGGCCUUCAAGUCCGUCACGGUGACACGUGGAUCACUGUCAAUCCUCACCCCAACGCUUUCAUCGUCAAUAUCGGCGAUCAAGUUCAGAUACUAAGCAAUUCGAAGUACAAGAGCGUGGAACAUCGAGUGACAGUGAAUUCGGAAAAAGAAAGGGUUUCACUAGCGUUCUUCUACAACCCUAAGAGUGACAUUCCGAUCCAACCAAUGCAACAACUUGUCACCUCUACGAUGCCUCCUCUGUAUCCUCCCAUGACCUUUGAUCAGUACAGACUCUUCAUUAGGACGCAAGGUCCACGUGGAAAAUCCCUCGUUGAGUCUCAUAUACCCCCUCGUUAAAUGAUAUGAACUUCACAAAAAUGAUAUCAAGCUAUGGAAGCCCAAAGAACCACCAAGAGAUCCCAAAGACCGCCGAACAUAUAUAUAUAUAUAUCAAAGUAAAACAAUUAAAUACCAAUAAUGUAGUGUGUAAUGAACCUUGCAAUGUAGUUUCUCUCUAUAUGUAUUUACAUUUUGGGUUCUGUCGUAUUCUGUUAUGUAAACUCGCUAAGUAUGUCGUUUUAUUAAUAUAAUUAAUCUGUAUCCGUGAUUAAUGUUGAAGCAUGCUAAUAAAUAAUCAUGCCUUUCUCUA